CAACCUAACCUCGAUAGUCUACAUUUAUUUUCAAAUACUCUAAAUAAAUAAAAAGGAAUCACCAAGUGAUUUUGCCUGUUAUAUGCAUUAGAAGACUUCCUACAGUCCUUGGAGAUUGCGAUAUUAUUUACAUUUUUUCACCCCGCAACGUACAAUGUAGCCCAUUAAGAUGAAGGACGCGCCGCAGCUCGCCCGCUCCGUAAAGGACCCUUGAGCUCCCGGGUGUCGGACUUUGGCCUUACGCGCCCGUGUCUUCGUUAGCGCUGGGGGCGGGGACACAGGCCUCUCUGAACCUCCCAACUCCUCAAUGCAGAGGCAGCAGGAAAGGGUGGGGCCAACAUCUGUCUCGCAUGAUUGGCUGCUGGAUGCAACUAAGGUGAAUGGAACACACACCGAAAGACCAGAACAAUAACCUGCGAGAGGAAGAUGACACAAGUUGGCCCAAUGUUGUGAACAGAAAACGGAAGAAGAGUCCCUGCUCUCUGAAGCACAUGUCUGGGUACAUCCCCAGCUACCUGGACAAGGAUGAGGUGUGUGUGGUGUGCGGAGACCGCGCGACGGGCUACCACUACCGCUGCAUCACCUGCGAGGGAUGUAAGGGCUUUUUCAGACGCACCAUCCAGAAGAGCCUCCAUCCAUCCUACUCCUGCAAGUUCCACCACUGCUGCAUCAUUGACAAGGUCACCCGCAACCAGUGCCAACUGUGCCGCUUCAGGAAGUGCCUGGCCGCGGGCAUGGCCAUGGACCUGGUGCUGGAUGACUCGAAGCGUGUCGCCAAGAGGCGACUGAUCGAGGAGAACCGGGAGCGGAGGAGGAAGGAGGACUUGAUGAAGACGCUCCAGAACCGGCCUGAGCCCACGUGCUUGGAGUGGAAGCUUAUCCACACAGUGACAGAGGCGCAUCGCCACACCAGCGCUCAGCUCUCGCACUGGAAACAGAAGCGCAAGUUCAUGCCAGAGGACAUCGGUCAGUCUCCCACGGCUGCCACCCAGAAUCGAGACAAAGUGGAUCUAGAGGCAUUCAGUGAGUUCAUCAAAAUCGUCACUCCUGCCAUCACACGGGUGGUCGAUUUUGCCAAAAAGCUUCCCAUGUUCUCUGAGUUGCCAUGUGAGGACCAGAUCAUCCUGCUGAAAGGGUGCUGCAUGGAGAUCAUGUCUCUGCGUGCGGCCGUGCGCUACGACCCCGACAGCGAGACGCUCACUCUGAGUGGUGAGAUGGCCGUGAAGAGAGAGCAGCUGAAGAACGGCGGCCUGGGAGUGGUGUCAGAUGCCAUCUUCGACCUGGGCAAGAGCCUGGCCCACUUCAACCUGGACGAUACGGAGGUGGCGCUGUUACAGGCGGUUCUGCUCAUGAGUUCGGAUCGCUCAGGACUGACGUGUGUGGAGAAGAUCGAGCAAUGCCAGGAGACCUACCUGCUGGCGUUUGAGCACUACAUAAACCACCGGAAGCACGACAUCCCCCACUUCUGGCCCAAGCUGCUGAUGAAGGUGACGGACCUGCGCAUGAUUGGUGCCAGCCACGCCAGCCGCUUCCUCCACAUGAAGGUGGAGUGUCCCACCGAGCUCUUCCCUCCGCUCUUCCUGGAGAUGUUCGAGGACCACGUGUGACCGGGAGCAAGGCCGCUCACAAGUGCCAGAAGAGUUUCCUCUCCGCAGACUCAUGCAAUUUUGAGUUAGGAUAUGCACUUCCGGUUCCAUUUAACCCUUAACCUGUCACGCUUCAGAGCGCCAGUCACCCUCUCGCCAGCUGUCGGGUCCCUUCUGCUAAGAGAUCGUUUAUCAACCUACCUCCUUCUGUUCCCACAUACCUCACCUAUUCAGGAGGAGCAUAUUUAGGGAGUUUAGCAAAAGUAAUUCCUUCAAACUAAAAGUAUUUUUGCAUUUUCUGUGCUCAACUGAAUAUAUUUUGCAAGAACAUGCCUACCUGUAAACAUUCAGAUACACCCUGUGUACAUUAUGAACUUACAAUUAAAAACCUCCACUAACCUCAUGUAGCCCAGCACAUGUAGCCCCAUACACAUAUGUGUAUACAUGUGUAGGAGUCUGCCUGCUACCAUUCAUCACUUAGCAUUCAAAAUGUUGACUACACAACCAGUCUACCUUCACACUCAGCCUGUCCACUGACUUUACAAACCUAAUGCAAGUUUAAAAUCAGUGAUCGUAUCUUGAGUAGUCCCAUGUCACUAUGUAUUUUGACUCUGUGCUACUCUGCGUCGAUCAGUGUCUGCCCUAAGACUGCAACAUGCACAGUUACGUGCUGUCCCUGUUACCUGUCCUGUGGAUCAGGCCAGACCAAGCCAGGCCAUCUUGCAGAUCCAGGGUUACACUACAGGACACACGCGGAGAAGCAUGAGCAAAAAAGCAUCACACCGUAUCAUGCUAAGAUCAAAGGAGAUGGCUCCAGGGUUCUGUGUUUUGGGUGAACAGUAAAGGUGAAUUCUUUCCAGUCCUGGUCUAUUAAUGUGAUUUAGGGAAUUUUGGUCAGUUUCCAAGCACCAUGUAGCACAAUGUGAGUAGGGGAAUGUUUUUAUUAAAAAACAGAAACAUGGAACGAAAAAACAGAUUCACAGAAUCUUACCGUCGAGCUUACAUCAUUGACAUCUUUUAAAAGAGCUUAUAUAGUGUUCCUACAGAUUUGACAAUCAUUUGUCCACAACAGAGAAAUGGGCUUUGGUAACCUCAGUGUGGAAACAGACUACCUCACCUCAUCACUAUAAACACUAUAAACAUACUCUCCUCAGAUCCUUUUCUGUGCAGAAGAAUCUCUUUGCAUAUACAUGGUACGUAGAUGCUGAACUCACGCUGAUGUUCAUUCCUGAACCCUAAACCCUUCCUGACAUUUUGUUUGACCCCAACCCCUUCCUGACACUUUUCCUUUGAUAUAUUGCGUCUAUGAUGUGGGGUCAAAUAUGCCUCUUUACCUAUUUGAUAAAGAACAAAGUUUCCAAAAUAAAAUCUAUGACAUGAUUUGAACUUAAAGUAAACAAAGCACUGAUCCAGUCAGUAAAUCUGUGAUGAACAGACGGCAUAAUAUGAAUGUAUAUUCAGUAUGUCAGAUUUACUAAUGGCGCAGCGUACUGUACUCUUGCAGGGGUUUUUAAGUAGUUCUCUGCUCAGGCAGCACUGACACUGUGAUCAGGGACCUGCGACUGUGUGACUCACUGUGAAUAACCAGACCUGGUCUGUAGGAUGCAGCUCUCCCUCUACACCCUGUGCUGUAGUAGACUCAGACCCAGGCAACCCACCAGCACUGUAGAGAGAAGCCCCACCCAA